GCCUCACAGCUAAUUAGUUCAGCUCUUGACAAAGGUGGGCCAGCCACAGAAGGGAACCCCUGAGGCUAGCUUAACAGCGCUACACACUGCACUCGAAGGGGAGCAGCUCGCACUAGUGCACACCGAACCAGAGUUGGGGUCCGCAAGGAACGUUGCUCUCCACUCCAGAGCAUGAGAGAGGGCUAGGAGACAGAGAGAAAGUUACUGAAGGACAUUGUGGCAGACGUUUGGGCGAGAUGACUUCCAUUCCAGACUCAGAUGAUGACAGAGCCUUUAAAGACUUGAAUGUUGUUGGGAUGCUGCAUCAGUUCUGGGAGCAGAAGCAAGUGAAAGGAGCCAUGGUGGAGACAGAGAACCUCGUGGUGUAUGAAUCUAUUCCCUCACCUGGACCUCCAUUCAUCUGCUAUGUCACUUUACCAGGGGGGAGCUGCUUUGGCAACUUCAAGUACUGUUACACCAAGGCAGAAGCCAGGAGGGAUGCAGCACGUGUUGCUCUGAUGAACUCUACAUUCAAUGAGUUGCCCUGUCGCUGCAUCACGCCAGAGUUCAUUGCUCGCAGCGUAGAGGAAGCUGUCAUUACCACCAGUGGCAACAUGGAAGACGCCUCAGACCCUGGCACCAGUAUAGGAGCUUACCGCCUCAUGCUGCAGUCCAACACUGGUAAAACCAUGCUGGAGUUUCAGGAAAUAAUGACAGUGUUUCAGCUAUUGCACUGGAAUGGGACACUGAAGGCUUUUAGAGAGAGAAGAUGCAGCCGGCAGGAGGUGAUCAGCUAUUAUUCACAUCAGCGAUUGGACGAGUGCAUGCGGAGUCACAUGGCGCUGGACUGGCUACAGAGGGAGAGACAGAGGCCCGGGUUGCUGUCCCAUGAACUGCAGCUGGCCCUCCGGGAGCUGGCCGAGGCGCGACAGGCUGGCCGCGAGCUCCGCUUCUACAAGGAGAAGAAGGAGAUCCUGAGCCUGGCUCUGAGUCAAGAUAACGCAGAGGAGCUGGAGGAGGAGGCCUGGAGAGGGCAGGAGACUGGGCUGGAGUACCUGACCCACGGAGGCCACUGUAUUGAGGGCAGCAUGGUGGACCCUUCAGAACAUUGUCAGUUUUAUUACCAGGAUAAUGGUAGUGACCAAGAAUCACUGGGCUGAGGUGAAAUGUAUUUGGUGAAGUCUUGGACUUUGGACUCACUUUCCAAAUAGCUGCCUUUAUUUUGUAUAUUUUGACUUAAUGCUGUUUUUCAAUUGCUUUCUCAGCAUACUGUGAUGUUUGUGCUCAAAUGGGCUCCACUGUAAAUCAGAUGUAUUCUGUUUCAUUUAGGGACAUUGGGAAUGUAAUGGAAUGUAAACUUAUUUUUUUCUUUUCGUUUUCUUGCUGUUGUAUUGAACAAAGAGCUUUUUCAUUUUGACUUAAAGGGAAUUUUUGUUGUUGGUUGUAAAGAGUGAAUGUAAAUAAAUACUGUUCUUUUGGUCCUAGCCACAUGGUGGCGCCAUAUCCUAUGAAUGCUUACAAUUAUAACAGUAUCUUAUAUUGCACCCCCAAAAAAUUGAACAUGCUUCCCCGGUUGGGCUUUAUGAAGAUAAAAUGUUAUAAAGUUUCAUUUGUUGGAAUAUUAAGGGCAUUUUAUUCAUGACCUGCCUAUCUUUUAUCCAUUUUGAGAGUGAUAUCUAAUGUAUCCUAUAUAUGCAUUUCACAGCAGCAGCUAGAACAUUUAGGGUUGUACAGCCUGAAUUCAUCUAAAAUUUCAGAUUUAGCAAAGUUUCUGGACAGUAAAACAAGCAAACUAACACAAUGAACUACACUGUAACUGGGAGGAGCCCACAUGAAUAUUUUAAUGCAGUGUCCUUGAUGCUGGCUUGUUUCUUGCAUUGUCUUAUUUUUGAAACAAGCAAUAGAAUUUGUGUACAGUAACAUGACUUCUGAGCACUGAAGUAUGUGAUAGCUGAAGAUAAGCAGAACUCUAAAUUAGUCAUGACAUACAGUGGCGUGUUCUGUUUGCGUAAAGCAGGAUGCUGGUACUGUUAAUUGUCUGUUUUGAACUGUACGUGGUAUUUAGUUUUUUUAUUAACUCUGAAAGAGGUGGGAUUUUGUCACUGUAGAUUAAAACAUCUAUGUGCA